AUGUCAGAGCUAUCCAUGUCCGCCAUGCCAGACUCUGUGUUGACUGGUGCUUACUCAAGUAGGUCAUCAGACGAUGAUGUAAUCCCCACGGCGAUCGUUAUCAAAAACAUCCCGUUCGCCAUUAAAAAGGAGCAGUUGUUGGAGGUGAUUGCUAAGAUGAACUUGCCUUUGCCUUAUGCCUUCAACUAUCAUUUCGACAACGGCGUUUUCCGUGGUUUGGCGUUCGCUAAUUUUGCAACAACAGAUGAGACUACCCAGGUAGUACACAUGCUGAACGGGAAAGAGAUCGGCGGCCGCAAAUUGCGUGUCGAGUACAAGAAGAUGUUACCACAAGUGGAACGGGAGCGGAUUGAACGCGAGAAACGCGAAAAGAGAGGCCAACUUGAGGAGCAACACCGCACCACAUCUGCUCUAUCUCUUCAGUCGUUGAACAAAUCUUCGACCAAUGUCAACCAUAACGGAAACAGCCCCAGUAAUGGUGCUAUCCAAGUGUCAACUGGCGAUAUGAAUGGUGUCCCCGGUCGCCGUCCUCAAACGCCAUCGGUAGGCGUGUCGAGCCAAAAUCUACCGUCGGCCCUCUCUUCUGAUAGCCCCCAAAUGUUUCAAAAUUUUGCAAGUGGUUCGAGCAGCGUGGCCACAGGUGCCCCAACCAAUACAGCCAUGUCCUCACAACCGCCGGUUGCGCCGCAGCCGCUUUUGUCUGCUCAAAACACUGCGACAUCCAUGAUCAUGCCAGCGAGUGCUUUGGCUACAGGGUCGUCCGAGCGUUAUUAUGCCCCAUUGCCAGCUUCUAAUAAUCUGCCUUUACCGCCACAACAGUUGGAUUUUAACGACCCUGACAUCUUAGAAAUUUACUCGCAGCUGUUACUUUUCAAAGAUCGUGAAAGAACUUACCAUGAGUUGGCCUAUCCUGUGGGUCUUUCAGCUGGUCAUAAGCGUAUAAUUAACGUGUUGUGCUCAUUUUUGGGAUUGGUUGAGGUUUAUGACCCCAGUUUCAUAAUAAUUCGUCGUAAGGUCUUAGACCAUGCCGCCUUACAAUACCACCUACAGCGGGAAGGUCAACUUUCGUUGAUGCAGCCUCUGCAGCCUAGCUCUACCGGGGGAUCCGGGAUGUCUAGGUCUCAUUCCUAUACUUCCUUGUUACAGGCUCACGCGUCCGCAGCGGCAGCAGCCGUUACCAGCAGCGGUAAUCAACAUGGUCCUCCACCAUCUCAGUCCCCACUACUUCAACCGACCGCUUUGCACCAGCUGGACUCGCAGCAUCAACAGCAGCCGGUCUUGAGGCCGCAGUCAACUCAGACGCCGUCAUCAUCUAUCCUGCAGAACCGAAUCCCUACCGGCUAUGCGAACAAGCAUACUGCUGCAGCGUCCAACAAUCCCCUGCUUAGGAACUCAAACGUUUCUCCACCAACAGCACAAGUGAAGCCAAACAGUACCCAAAGAAUGCCAUCCUUCUAUGCCCAAGCACCAAAUACGCCCACCUUGGGUGAGGGCCGCUUCAACGGUUCUCAGAACCUUGUUCCUCAACAUACUAACAGCAGCAUGCACUCAAAUUACUCCGUGCAUUCCUUUCACGACCCUGUCACUGCUGCUGCAGACUCCCAAAAUCAUUCUAUGAUGUACACUUCAGUAACACAGCUGGGCUUGGGUGCAGAAUUGGAUGGCGAUUUGAACAGAUCCCUAAGUGGACUUGAUAUACAGGGCAAAAGAAAUCUAUGGGGCUGA